CUAAAUUCCAAGCAGCACAUACACACAUGGACUUGUUACCUUGAGAAUCCAUGGGGCCAUCAGCUGACACUGGGGCUGGAAGGCAGCCUCCAUUCUGGCAACUGGCUUUGCCUUUCUGAGAGUUGGAUGAGUUUCGUACCAAGGUGCGAGAGGCAAGUCAGUCAUUCACCCCAACCAACACCAGUCAGCCAGCGAUCCAUCAGAUGUUUUCUGCCAACGUGGCUUUCCUGAGUGUGUACCAUGCUAAUAACUGUAUACUGUGUGCGUAGGGACCUCACAGAGGUAACCUUUUCCCUCCAGGUCAGCCCUGACUUUGAGCUCUGCAACUUCAGAGUCCUCUGUGAGCUUGAGUCUGGUGUGCCUGCCGAGGAGAUUCAGUUCAUUUACAUGGAGCAGCUCCUCACAGAUGACCACUGCUCGCUGGGUACCUAUGGUCUCAAAGAUGGUGAUAUGGUUGUACUACUUCAGAAGGACAAUGUGGGACUUCAGGCUCCAGGAAGGACUCCAAAUCAGCCUCGGGCAGAAUUCACUGCAUCAGCUGUGGCAGGAACAAGUUCCCGACACGAGCAUCACCAACAGCAACGGAUACCAUCAACACAAACCCAUGGAUUGGCCUCUGGAGAGAAUAUGACCUAUGCUCAGGAUCUUAACAGUCCUGCUCUGAUUCGCAGCAUGCUUCUUUCCAACCCCCAUGAUCUGUCCCUGUUAAAGGAACGGAAUCCUGCUUUGGCUGAAGCUCUGCUUAGUGGAAACCUUGAGACAUUUUCCCAGGUCCUGAUGGAGCAGCAGAGGGAAAGGGCCAUGAGAGAGCAAGAGAUGAUUCGUCUUUAUUCUGCUGACCCAUUUGAUCAGGAAGCUCAGGCUAGAAUAGAAGAAGAAAUUAGACAGCAGAAUAUAGAAGAAAAUAUGAACAUAGCGAUGGAAGAGGCUCCGGAGAGUUUUGGACAAGUGGCUAUGCUCUAUAUUAACUGCAGAGUGAAUGGGCAUCCUUUAAAGGCUUUUGUUGACUCAGGUGCCCAGAUGACCAUCAUGAGCCAAGCUUGUGCUGAGAGAUGUAACAUUAUGAGACUGGUGGACCGGCGAUGGGCUGGGGUUGCUAAGGGAGUGGGCACACAGAGAAUUGUGGGCCGAGUUCAUCUGGCUCAGAUUCAGAUUGAAGGUGAUUUCUUACAGUGUUCUUUCUCCAUACUGGAGGAGCAGCCCAUGGAUAUUCUUCUAGGGCUGGAUAUGCUCAGAAGACAUCAGUGUUCCAUCGACUUAAAGAAGAAUGUGCUGGUGAUUGGCACCACCGGCACACAGACACACUUUCUUCCUGAAGGAGAAUUGCCCUUGUGUGCAAGGCUGGUGAGUGGAACUGUACAAGAAGACUCUUCAGACAAGGAAGUAGCAGGCAAUAUCAAGCAUUCAAUCAAGGGUCCAGCACGAAAAAAGCAUUGAAUCAGGUUAUAUAUAAGCCACUUCCAUGACGGAGCUAGCCAUAGGUCCCAGGAAAGUAGAAGAUAUGAGCUCAUUGGCAAUGCCAUCAUUAAAAACAUCUUAGCAACCAGAUUUGGCCUUGUGACUGAGUACACAGAUGGGUGGCUAUGUAAGUCAUCACUGUUAAACAUAGUGUAUGUGUGGGUCCAUUCUUCCACUCCAGAUCACUGAACCUCAUCCAGGAGAGGGGCCGAAACUUCAAGUUGGUUUCCCAACAAUCUAGUGGAGGGAAAAUGAGUCUCCCUGUCAGAUUACAUGGAGGACAUGUUCAAACCAAGACUGCUAAUUUUGCAUAAGCUCCUAGGGAAAAAAGCCAUUCUUUCAGAUUACAAAGACCUGUAAACAAAAUGA